UUACAGACUCACAAGUUGACAAUCUUAAAACUGGGAGUGCAAAAGAUAGCCCACUUUUUUCCCUCCUUUUACAGGUUACAGCAAUCCAAGAGUGAACAAAAUAAUUUAGCAUAUUAAGAGCUCUUUUUCUGUGAGAAGAGAGAGAGAGAGUGAAACACUGUUUUGAGCUGAUAAUACUUUUUGAGACUCCCAAAGAAAUGUUAACUGCAGGCACUAAAGCUGAAGGGGUUGAUGCUUUUGCUUCUUGUUUUAUUGUGAGAAAGAUUGGGGACCAUUUUUCUUUAUCUGUAAUUUUCUGAAAUCUAUUUACCCAAUUGAAUUUGCUUCUCUGAAGAACUAACAGAGGCCUAUGUCUCUAGGUGUUAUAGCAUUUUUUUGCAGCUUGGAUUUAAACCUUCUCAUUUUUCAGAGAGAAAGGAGACAAGGAGUCAUUGCUUUCUCUUUAAAUUGCUUUCAUCAAAGGUCAUUUGAUCUUUUAAAGUUUGAAAAAGACCACCCACAGACACAGUCCAGCAAUCCUUUUCAUAAACUUUACUCCACUUCAGGUCAUUAUGGUUUCAAAAGACUCACCCCCAAAUCCUGCUUCGAAUAUGCUACACCAAUUUAUAAUCUCAGACUCCAUCACUGGUCAGAAUCAAUUUGAAAACCAACAUUUUGAUGCUUAUGGGUCUGCUGUGAGGACCAAUAACAGUUAUUCUCAGUCUCUUGGUUUGUUGCCAAGUAUUCAGUGUCUAGGGGAAAGAAUGUCAAGAUCAAUGGACCUUGUUCAUGCUCCUGCUGUUGCUGAGGAAUCUGAGAUCAGUCACAGUAGACACUUAAUGGACCUUCUUGGAGCAUCAAAUGAGACCAAUCACCAAGCUCAGAGACUCUCUCUAUCUCUUGGCUCUCACAUGCUUGUUCCAUCAGUCCAAUACAAGCAGAGAUCUCUAAGUUCAGAUAUCACUUCUACCAAUUACUUGUUUUGCGGGAAUGAAGGUAGACAAGUUUGUAAUCCUGGAUUUGAGCAUGUUAGUGAUGACUAUUCAUAUACUGGUGGCACAUUUACUUCAUCUUCCACCUCAGUAAAUCGUUCUUGCUCCAGUAAUGGGAUAGAAUCCUUUGCUUCUGCAAUGGGGAAUUCAAAAUUUCUCAAACCAGCUCAAUCUCUUUUAGAAGAAGUUGUUAAUGUUGGUGGCAGGGCCAUUGACAAGAACGAUGAAAGAUAUAUAGGAAACUUGUAUCAUGGCAGUAGAAGAGGUGGUCAAAGAUUAUCAUCUGAACUGAAAGCAGAAUUUUGCAAUAAUGGGAUGUUAUCUGCAGAAAAAUAUGAACUUCAUCUUAGAAUUGCUAAGCUUAUUUCCUUAUUAGAAGAGGUUGAAAACAAAUAUGAGAAAUACUACCAUCAAAUGGAGGAAGUGGUGUCAUCAUUUGAAGUGAUAGCAGGGUUAGGAGCUGCCAAGUCUUACACUGCAUUGGCAUUGCAAGCCAUGUCCAGGCAUUUUGGCAGUUUAAGAGAUGCCAUAAUAUCUCAAAUUAAUGUCACAAGUAGAAGAUUUUCACAAGACUUGCCAAAAAUCAGCUCAGGAUUAUCUCAACUUAGUUUACUUGACAGGGAAUCCAGGCAGCACAGAAUGUCCCUUCAACAGCUUGGAAUGUUGCAGACUCAACGCCAAGUAUGGAGACCCAUCAGGGGAUUGCCUGAGACUUCUGUCUCAAUCCUUCGCUCUUGGCUCUUCGAACACUUUCUCCACCCUUAUCCUAAUGACUCUGAAAAGCUAAUGCUGGCAUCUCAGACAGGCCUGACUAAGAACCAGGUAUCGAAUUGGUUCAUAAAUGCCAGAGUUCGACUGUGGAAGCCUAUGAUAGAAGAAAUGUACAAAGAGGAGUUUGCAGACUCUUCAGAUGACUCGAAUCCGUCCGUGGCUACCAGGGAAGGUGUAGCAGAUCACCCAGAAGAAUGAAGUUCAAUAUCUCUUUCUAUUAAGCUGUAGAAAGACAUGUAGAUUUUCAGGAUUCCAUGAGAUAAUCCUGAAAAAAGAUGGCGAAAAUCUGUAUUUGUUUACGAUUUUACUAGUCGAACUCAACCCGGUGAUGGUUGUAUCCUUCGCUUUGACUCGUGGAGCUGUAAAUGCUCCCAAAGUGGUAAUUUACUUUGAAGGGCAAAGGACAAUUUGCCACCGAA